UUGUUUUUUCCCUCGUGUCCGUCCGUACAGAAGAAACCAAAAUGAAUAUUCUCAAGAAUCGUUGUUCGUUAAUCACAAUGGUCGAAGCUCACCGUCAACGAAGAAAUGCAUAAAUUCAUCGCCAGAAAAUUCAUAGAAUCCAUAUCCGUUCUUCUUCUUCUCCGCUAUGGACGAUCUUCCGCCUUCGUUAGUUCUCGAAAUCCUGAACCGAUUGGCGGAUUCCGCCGAUUUAGCUCGGUGCCGAGUGGCUUCCAAAUCUCUCAAUGUUCUCUCCCGUGACGUUAGGUCAGUGAACCUCUUUUGUUCACUGGAUCGAUAUCUCAAGUCUAGGGCUGCAGAGACGAAGUUGCUAGUAACGCCUUUCAAGGUCAUAUUGAAGACUUUGGUGAAUGAUUUUUUGGCUCUUGAUUCUGUUUCAAUUGGUGUAGAGAAAUCACUCGGACGGAUUUCGUAUGAGCACGACGAUGUUGAGGAUUGGUCUGAUGAUUUGUUCUUGACGGAUGUUGGCUACGCUAAGGAAUGGCUGCCGGCGAUUGGGAAAAAUUUGACGUCCUUGUCUAUCGUUGAUUUUUGGGUUCAAUCUUGCUGGAGGCAAUCGAAGAUUUUGGCGCUAAUUACUUUGUGCUGCUGUAAUCUUCUGGAACUUGAAUUGAAGAAUGCUUGGUUGUCAGUGGAUGGACUACAUAGAAUGAACUCCCUCAAAUAUCUGACCCUUGAAUUUAUAAGAUUAGAUGAUGAAGAUCUGAGUGAGCUUAACAAUAACUUCCCGCAUCUUGAAGUUCUUAAUUUGAUAGGGGUUGGAGGCCUAAAUGAACCAAAAAUUCGUCUGUUGCACCUUAAAACCUGUAAAUGGACGGUGUCGAAUGCUCCUGUUUCUCUGUGCAUAUAUGCACCAAGCCUUUCAAAACUUGAACUGAAGUGUGUCAAACCAAAAUUUCUUAUCAUUGAAACUCCCAUGUUAUCUGAUUUCCAUUUUUGUCUAGAAGAUGCAAGUGGGUUACAAGUAGAUGAAUUUCCCUGCUUGAGAAAGCUUCAUCUUCAUUUUCCAUGUCUUCACAGUCUCAUCACAACAUUUUCAUCUGCCAGAACUAUAAAGGAACUCACACUGGAUACGAUGCAACGUGCUGAAUCUGUUGAAUCUGUUAAGUUUUGCCUUGAUACAGUGUUUGAAAUAUUUCCAAAUCUUUGCUUUCUUAAAUUGGGACCUGGAGUUUUGUCAGAAGCAGAGACUUGUUAUCAAGCUGAAGGUUUGGAGGGACGGAUGGGCAUGAGAGAUUUGAAAAAGAAUCAUUCUAGCCUCAAAACCAACAAGAUUGAGUUAAAACUUCCAUUUAUCAUUCCCAUUUUGGAAAAAUGUACCGACUCGUUCGAUAUGGCAUUGCUUCUCUAUCAGAAUGCUGAUUCUGACGUUACUGGCGGAAUCAUGUCAAAACGUGCAAUUAAUCAGCGAAGACCAAGAUGGAGAUGGGAACUGUGGAAGCAAGGAUCAAGAGAAGCAUGGGCCAAGGGAAAUUAAACUGUCCUGUUCAAUGGACAAUUGUCAGACUCAUAGUUGUGUAUCAAACUUUUCCUCCUGAAGGUUCAAAGCUUCAUAAGGAGGAAAUCCAUCUGUAAGAUUACCAAAUAGUUCAGUAGAUCAAUGGAAUGGCCCAAAAGCAAUCCCAGGUUGAUGUGAAGUCUACAAAUUUUCUUUCAAUCUUCGGAUCUUUGCUUGAAGUCGCCUGUCAAUAUUUGAUUCAAGAAGAAUUGUUUGCUGCUGCUGAGAAAUAAUACAUAGUUGAGAGAUCUGAAAAAAUGGCCAGUUCUUUUGCACCUUCAUUUAAUAAUUAAUACCCUAGAAGGUAGCCUCAAUAAUUUGCGUGGAUCAGUGUGUAUAUAUUUUCAGCCAAAUGAUGACAUUUGUUCCUUACACAAGAUUAGAUAUCUGAUACUUAUUAUUUGGAUAGAGAGUGAUUAAUUUGUAUCAUAAACAAUUUCAUCCGUGAAUCUGAAUGCACUGCUCAGUGUGUGUAUGGGGUUUACAUA